AUGUGUGAUGUUGAUGUAUCGGAGCCCUCCAGUCCCACCCUGUAUGGAGAGUCUUCAGAUAAGUAUUACCAUGUGGACCGUUGGCAAAAGCUCCGCACCGCUGUGCGUAAACUGGAGUUCUGGGAAAAUUUUUCUGCUGAAUUAAUUGGAAGUGGCUUCUUCUCCAAGGUCUAUAAGGUGGUACAUACUACUAGCCGCAAGAUCAUGGUGGUGAAGAUAUACAAAAAUGACGUGGACCAAGACAGCAUUGUACGUGAAAUCAGCCUUCUUCAGAAACUAUCCCAUCCCAAUAUUGUCAGGUAUCUGGGAAUAUGUGUUAAAGAAGACAAGCUCUAUCCGAUUUUAGAGUACGUGAAUGGUGGCUGUCUUGAGGAGCUGCUGGCCAAAAAAGAAGUUCCACUAUGCUGGAAGGAGAAGGUGGACCUGGCCUGUGAUAUCAGCAGAGGAAUGAUCUACCUGCAUUACAAGAAUAUUUACCAUAGAGAUCUUAACUCAAAAAAUUGUCUGAUCCGUAUAACAUCCCGAGGUCGAGAGGCCCUAGUGACAGACUUCGGUCUUGCUAGAGAGGUGGUGGAACUGCCAGUCAAAGACCCGGGCCGCAAACUCUCCCUGGUUGGGUCUGCUUUUUGGAUGGCCCCGGAGAUGCUCCGAGGGGAGCCGUAUGACCGCAAGGUAGAUGUUUUCUCGUUUGGAAUUGUGCUUUGUGAAAUCCUGGCUAGGAUCCCUGCUGACCCUGAGAUACUGCCCAGAACACAGGACUAUGGGUUGGAUAAGACUGCAUUUAAAGAACUGGUGACCGACUGUCCUCAGCGUCUCUUGGAACUGGCAGCCAGCUGCUGUAUGGUGGAGUCCUUCAGACGUCCAGCAUUCACAGAGCUGUUAGAUGAUUUAGGAGAAUUUGCAGAGAGUUUGGAACCACUGCCAAAAACCGAACUGGCCUUGACCUGA